AUGGCUCAAGCCUUAAACUCUACCAAUGUUGCGUUUUUCAGAGUGGCGUUUUUAUUCACGAUCGCCUUCUUUUGUUUAAAGAACGUUAAUUCUAUUUUGCAAAAUACAUAUUUCUUAGUCUUAACGGAAGCAAUGAAUUUACCGCAGUUAACAUUGUCACGUUACAAUGGUCAAUUGGGCCUUUUUGCUCUUCUAUUUGCUCUUAACGGUAUUCAGGAUCUGAUUCCCCUGUUAGAAAAUAACGUUAAAUACUUCCAAUCCAUUGUUCCAUUUAGGCUACUAAUUUUUUUUAUUUUGACAGGUAUCUCAUACCUUUGGGAGUCAAAUUUUUACGUUCACAAUAACUCUGUUUUCAUUUACUGUUUUGCAGAAGUUUGGAUAAAUUUCCUUCUGUAUAAUGCUAUUAGGGAGGAGAAAAAUGAAGAUUUCAAAAGAUUAAAUCAAUUCAUGGUUAGUGAGGAGGAUAUUGAAGAACCUCAACCUUUUACCGUGAAAACCGAAACCACAGAAGUCAUUGAAAUAAUCAAUGACGAAGAAAAUAACGACGAUGGUGAGGAAGAUAAUGAUGAUAAGGAUGAAAAAAAAUAA